AUGCAAGUUGUUAUUCUUUCGGAAUUUCUUGUCCUAUAUCUCGCUAGCAAGUGCAUGCAAAUGGCUAUGCUCGUGCUGAUUCCUCGCAUGAAAUCUCAUUCUCCUCGUCGCCAAAAACAACUCUACACUGCUAUACCUGUCCUGGUCCUCAAGACAAUAGUCAUGCUACUACUCGUACCUACAAUUGACUGGUCGUGGUUUCUGAAGAUUUUUUCCACGGAUGCUGCGCCCCUACGAACGACAUUCAUUUCCGAAACUACACAGUCCAAUGCUGAAUAUCAGUUUCAAGUAUGGUUUUUGAUGGCAAUAUGCUACGUCUUUGAGGCUCUCUAUCGUCCCUGUGGCUUGGAGUUGUCUCUUCACCAUAUUGGCCUGCAAUCUAUGAAUUAUUACUACUGGUUUUACGGCCGAGACACGAUUUCUGCAGAUGGUGCGCUACAACCCGUUGCUAGGGGAGGUGUUCACACUCUGGUUGUGCAGUUCUUUGCGCUCAUGAUCGUAUUUGGACCUGGAUUGACAGACGGGCUGAGCGACCUUGUGUUUUUACUUUACUACACCGCUCCGCCAGCUCGUUGGGCGAGUCAAUUUGUUGUGAAGGCCACUUCACUCGCGGCAGCCAUUGGGCGAUGCAUUCAGUGGACUGUGCUCAUAGGCUAUGCGACUUGGCACUGGCCGCUGCUGAUGGAAACGUUGGGGCCGUUGGAAAAGUGGUUCUUCGGAUUGAUCAUUCCUCUAUGGUUUUGGACGGAGUUUACGGAGAUACAAAAGAUAAGAGGAAUGGGCGGCAAAUUUAGAAAUAUGUAUUUGAUGGGUGGACAUUCUUCUAAGAAUGAUUAA